CCCACUUCAAUGGAAAUUUGUGAUGGUGACAUGCCAUAUAUUCAAUUGUUGGCUCAAUGAUCAAACCUUGAAAUUGGUUGAAUCUAAAUGCAUAAGAACCGCAAAGGGCCUACGAAAACAGUUUUCUUGUAACACAGGCAACUCAGUUCAACGUUGGUUCAUUGCAUUGGGUUUGGUUUUGGAAUCCCAGACAAGUUUCUUCUCUGUAAGAAACCCCAAAUAUUUGUUUCCUGAUUUUGACACUAUAAACGUGAUCAAUCAUCCAAUCAUUCUCCAAACCCUGAUCUUCUUCAUUUUGACAUUAAUUUUAUUUUUUUAUUUUUAGUUUUUGAGAGACGAGGUAGGGGUAUAAGUCUCACCAUGGCCAAAAGCUCCUCCAACUUCAAGCUUGAACACCCUCUGGAAAAGAGGCAGACAGAAGCUGCUCGCAUCAGAAAAAAGCAUCCGGAUAGAAUACCAGUGAUUGUGGAGAAGGCCAAUAGGAGUGACAUACCUAGCAUUGAUAAGAAGAAAUACUUGGUUCCUGCAGAUUUGACUGUGGGGCAGUUUGUUUAUGUCAUCCGGAAAAGGAUUAAGCUCAGUGCUGAGAAAGCCAUAUUUGUCUUUGUCAAGAACACUCUACCGUCAACUGCUGCAUUGAUGUCUGCUAUCUAUGAGGAAAACAAGGAUGAAGAUGGUUUUCUCUACAUGACCUACAGUGGUGAGAACACAUUCGGAUUCUGCAAAUAGAACCUCAAAGCUGUAAAUUCUCGUCAGUUCCCUUACAUUCAAUGGCCACCCUGCUUUCCCAUACACUUUACCCUAGUCAAUGUUGAUUAGUAACAAUAAUUGGAUUAUGCAAGUAGUUUGAUUUUAUGUUUGAAUCUUUACAGCUGAGAUUUUCGUUGAUGAAAUUAAAUUUUAAGAAACUUCCCCUAUA